UUACUAAAUAUACCUUGGCUGUACCCACCAGGGACCAACGAGCGGAGACGGUGGCGCAGGUUUUGGUAAAUGAAUGGUUUUGCAGGUUAGGCGUACCAAGUCGCAUCCAUUCAGACCAGGGCCGUAAUUUCGAGUCGGGUCUCAUUCAGCAGCUUUGUGGUUUAUACGGAGUCGAAAAAUCGCGCACUACACCAUACCACCCGGCUGGUAACGGCCAGUGUGAACGUUUUAAUAGGACGUUGCACGAUUUGUUGCGCACUUUACCAGUGGCGAAAAAAAGGGAUUGGCCAUCUUGCCUCCCUCAGGUUUUGUUUGCGUAUAAUACUACCCCUCACCAAAGCACAGGAGAAUGCCCUUACUACUUGAUGUUCGGGCAGGAGCCUAGACUUCCGGUUGACUUCCUGCUUGGUAGGGUUGAGGAACCGCUGGCUGGUAGUGUCCAUCGGUGGGUCCUGGAGCACCAGGAUCGGUUGCAGGUGGCUUUUGAGGGUGCUCGUGAGCGGUUGGGGGUUGCAGCCAAUCGCCGAAAAGCACGCCAUGAUCUACAGGUACGAGAAUCUGUACUGAAGGAGGGUCAGUUGGUAUAUCUCCGCAAUUACAGCGUGAGAGGUCGAAACAAAAUCCAUGACCAGUGGAGCUCUGUGUUGCAUCAGGUCAUCAAGGCACCCACAGAGGGAGGUGUGGUGUACACCAUUGCCCCUACUACAGAUUUAGACAAAUUGAAGCAUGUGCACCGAUCUUUAUUAAAGCCACAGAUUGGUAGGAGCCAUUUCCCUGUCCUGCAGGAUGUGCCAUUAGUGGAACCUGUGCAGCUACGGGAGGAUGACUUGGAUGAGGGUGAUUUAUUCGUUUUGGUGUCUGAAACUGCUCCGGGUACUAGUGGUUCAGCACCGCAGGGUACGGUCCAGCCUGCCCCUCAAGAGUUUGGCGUAGCUCCGGAAGUAGAAGGAAUUUCUGGGACAGGGGUAACCAUGCAGCCAGUACUGAAUCCCCUGUUAAGUUCUGGGGAUCCUCCCGUAAGUUCUGUGGUAGCAGGGGAAAGUAUGGUGAGGAGGACUGGAAGGCGUACUGCCGGGCAGCACUCUAAUGUACACCACCUCCCACGGUCAGUGGGGGAAGGUACUGUGUCUAGUAUCGUGAGUAGUGCAGUUGGUGCUCUGUUUCGUCCAUGGGAUUGAAGGGUUAGGGGGCAGGUUUUUGCGUAACUCAUCGUCGGGGCGACGAUGCAGAAGCUGGGGGUGGAUUGUAACAGCAUGAAUGAGGUAAGUGGUGGUGAGUGACACCCGUGAUGACCAAUCAGCAGUGAGUAUUGGCUAUAUUAGAGCUGGUUGGCUUUAGCUUGGUAUGCGUCACGUCCGGACCCUCCCCUUUUCGCUGUGUUGAUGGUGGCUUACGCUUGGCUUUCCAUCCGUGCAGUGGUGUUGUUACUACAAUCUAGCCCUCCUGUUCUUCUUGAUGUAGUUUUACGGUUGCUUUAGCGAGGAGCUGUUGACUGCCCUUUCCGGUAAGUGAGCGCUGUUUUUGUAUCACAAGGUCAGGUAUAUUUAAAAAGGGCUGAAUGAUUAAAGGGUGGGUUUUUGGUAAUGUGUAGUCCCUGUAUUCCAGCGUAACCGUGGGUGAUCUGAAUGCUGUGCAUGCUUGGCCGUGGCUCGAUACUGAAGCCUACCUAAAACUUUUUAUCUAUCCGCUUGUGGUAAGUCGAGGUAAGGGUAUUAGUGGGGAAUUUUAAUUGUAAUCUGGGAUCUGCAAUGUUACAGUCUGUGUUUGUUUAUAUUUUGUAGGAUUCUCCCUUUCACUUUGGCUGAUUAUACAUUUCAGCUUUAGUUUCAUUUCCUACCGCCGCUGUGUGCUGCAUAAACUUUGCUAAAUUGCACAGUAUUAUGCUGGGAAUUGUUGCUGCUGUCUGGUUUCUGUGAAGUGUUCCGUUAUAUGGAAACGUCCAGCUGAGCGGGGAAUCGCGUAGCAUACUCGAGCUGAGCGUCUGUGUUUGUUGGUCUCAAUUGUAGCCUUACUGCUGCUGCUUAACUUUUGUUUUCGUUUCUUUUUUUUGAAUAAUUGUAUGUGGAUUUUUGCAUUCGUUAUUAGUUAGUUUAAAUUGUAUUUCUUUAUUUUGUUCUUGUUUAAAGAUUUGUGUAAUGGAGUGGGUUGUGACUUUUGUGAUUUAUUUUGUGUAUGUCUGACCAAUAUUCUUUUUGAUAUUUAUUUUGUGUUUAAUUUUCUUUCAGGAGCUGAGGUCCCCACGGGUGAAGGAUCUGGUGGUGGUGGUUGUACUAUCCCAACGUUUGCUGUGUUACACCUUUUUGGAGUGUAUGAUUUGUAAUCUAAGUUCACGGUGUGGUGUGUAUGUGAAGUGUGCUCUUUGACAACGUGCGCCGGUGAUCACUCCUGUGGGUAACCUCAGCCCUGUAUGUUGUAUUUGUUUUGAUUUAUUCUUUAUUCAGCUGCCACUUACCGCAUAACUUGCAGUAAGAAUAUUGUUGAAAUCUGAAGUGAUGCGAUCCGUCUUGUCUUGACAUUGAACUGAUUGGAGGUGUAACAUACUCCUUUUAAAGAAAAAUUAACUGUUCUAUAUUUUUUAUUAUUGAUUAAUAAAUUUUGUAUUUUUGAUA